AUGUAUGCAGUCUACACAGAUUUCCUAAGUAAAGUCUCAUGUGUUAAGUAUUCCCCAAAUGGAGCUUUCAUUGCUUCUGGGGAUUCAACGGGCAAAGUCAGGAUAUGGAGUUACAGUGAGGAGUCAAAAGAGUUUGUAGUUAAGAAGGAGCAUGGUAUGCUUGGUGGAGCUGUUCACGCAAUAUCUUUUACAGAUGAUGGCCAGAGGAUAUGCGCAGCUGGAGAGGGAAAGGAUAUGUACGCGAAGGCAGUUUUAGUAGAUUCAGGCUCAAAGAUUGGCGAUAUUUUCGGACCCACCGCAGCUAUUACUUCUAUCGAUAUAAAAAAGAAACCCUAUAGAUUAGUGAUGGGGGGAGAGAACUAGGAGUUAUUCGUGUAUGAUGGCGUACCUUUCAAGGCAGUGAAGACUCUAUAUCCUCACUCUAAUUUCGUUAACAAAGUUGUAUUCAGUCCAGAGGGUAAGAAAUUCGUGAGUGCAUCCUCGGAUAAGUCCUUAGUUAUUCAUGAUACUGAGACUCUCGAAGAGAUAAAGAAAAUUGAGAAAGCUCAUAAUAAGGGUGUGACUGACGUAGUCUGGAUUGAUGAGGACACUCUUAUGACGUCCUCUACUGAUAAUACCAUCAAGAUUUGGAGUGCUGAAGAUGGCUCUGAAAUCAAAGUGCUUUCAAUAGAUGGAGAUGAGCAAGAGAAGCUUGAAAAUCAAUAAUUAGGCAUUAUAGCUGAAAGUGAAAAUUUCUGGUCUGUUACUCUUAACUCAAACAUUAACAUCUAUAAUGGGAAAGAUGUAUUCAAAAAGGAUUUGCUGACUCCAUCUAAAAUUAUUCAAGGACAUUCUAAUUAUAUUUCAUGCAUGACUUUAGCCAAGACUACAUUGAUCUCAGCUGAUUAAGAUGGAAAGAUAUUUUCAUGGUCAAACGAAAUAGAAGCAGACUUAUUCCAUGGAGAGGGUCAUUCAAUGACUGUUUCUAUCUUGAUUUCAGCUGAUGAUGUUGUUUAUUCAUUCAGCACUGACGGUUUAUUGAAGAGAAGUGAAAGACUUGGUGAUAGUCACUCUUUUGAGUUCAAGAAUCAAGUCAAAUUGGAGGGAUCGCCAGUAGCAGCUCAUCUUGGCCAAGAUUUUAGAAUCUACGUACUUCUUAACAAUAAUAAGGUCCAAAUUCUAAGUGCAGAUCUUAGUGAGAGCUAGACUAAUGAGAUUACUAAUUAUGAGCCCACUGCCCUUGCUUAAGCUGGAGUUGAAUUGUGGGUAGGAGAUAAGAAAGGUCUUAUCCACUGUCUAUCUAUUGCUGAUCUCUCUGAAUAAUCUCUAAUUGAAAAGAAACACAAUCACUCAGUCUCAGUCAUGAAAGCAUCUAGAGACGGCCAACUUGUAGCAUCAGGUGAUUCCUAUAGAUACAUCUAUGUCUUUAGUGCUGAAACAAAAGCUGAAGUAGCUUGCUUCACCUACCAUACUGCUAAAAUUCUAACUCUUGACUUCAAUAGAGAUUCAUCCAUGCUCCUUACAUCUUCUCUUGAUUUAGGAGUGGGUGUUGCUAGAAUAGCUGAAAAGACCAAGAAAGUACUCCACAGAACUAAUGAGAAGGAACUAACUGGGGCUGUCUUCGAUCAUUUAGACAGAUUCUUUACUUCUGGCUAUGACUGCUCUAUCAGACUCUGGAGCUAAUGA